AUGAAGAAGAUGAUGGUGAGGAAGGAAACGGUGAAAAUAUACUGGUGCCUCCUCCUUUUCUUUCUACCAUCAAUAUUCCACUCUGCUACUUGUCACAGAAAAUCAUUCAUAGCAGAGAAACCAUGCAAGCGAUUCGUCUUGUUUUACCACGACAAACUCUACAUGGGAAAAAACUCAGACGCAUCCAAUGCAACAUCGGUGGCCGCUGCAAAUCAGACAUAUCUCGGGAAUUCCCAGAUGGGAAUGUUGGUUAUAUUCGAGGACCCAGUAACUUACGACAGAAACUUUCAUUCUCCUCCUGUGGCUAAAGCUUCAGGGUUCUAUUUCUAUGACACUAAGGAUGCUUAUAAUGCUUGGUUUGCCUAUACACUCAUCUUUAACUCCAGCGACUACAAAGGAACUAUUAAUAUAAUGGGAGCUGAUUUAAUGGGAGAGAAGACCAGAGAUCUUUCUGUGGUUGGUGGCACGGGGGACUUCUUCAUGACCAGAGGAAUUGCGACUUUUGAAACUGAUGCGGCCGAGGGUCUGGAUUACUUUCGUCUCAAGAUGGACAUUAAGUUGUAUGAAUGUUACUAG